AUGUUCUAUGCGUUUCAGGGAUUCAGUGCAGCUGCCAUAGCCAUGGGAGGGGUAGCCAUGGGAACGGGCCUCUGUGUACCUCCUGUCUUCUGCAGCCCCUGGGGUGAGCAUCGUGAUCCCAUGAGUUUUCGUCAGCUCUUAUGUCCAGACCCGCUCUGUGACGUGUGCAAUGCCACCCCUGCUGAGAUCUUGAAGGUGCUAUUGCGACGGCCGUCCCUGGAAGACGCUGCUCCCUCUGUGUCAUCCCCAGAGUCUACCACUUCCCUUACUGAGUCUUCAUACACUUUGUCCUCUGCCAGCUCUGAAAGCCCUCCGGGAGACCACAUACCAGCCCCUCUGCCCCAGCCUUCUCCACCCCCACCCUCCCUUCUCUCACCUGACCUGCUGACCCCCUCAUCUGACUUACCUUCACCCUCGCCACUGGGUGGCUCUCUUCCUGUUCCUCCCCUGAAUUCCAAAUUCCCUGUACACAGUUCACCACCCCAGCCACUUGCCUUUCCCCUUCUCCCACCACACUGCACUCUGGGAGCAGAUCAUGUUCUCCAAGCAGAAACCACUUUGUCUAUAAAGACCAUCUUUGCAUUUGACCCCAUCCUUCUCCAAGAUGUCAACCCCGCACAAAAUUCACCCUGGAGAGUGGAUCUCACUGACCCCCACGUGCGUCAUCAUGCACCGCAAACCCUGUCGGCUUCACCACUGCCAGAUGGCACCUUGACUGGGGCUCGGCCUGAACCAGCUUCCAUCUUAGCGAAGCCUGGUCCGGAGACGUCCUCUCCAGACAGAGCUGACGCACUGACCGCUCAGGUGCCAGCCACCGGAGGCACUGACCCUUCAAGCCUCGCAGCUUCAGACUUCUCCUGGUGGCAGCCUCAUGCCAAGGACUUGUUCCUCUCCAACUUGUCACGAUGUGGUCUCAAGCAAGAGCUUCUUGCCCACCCUUCUGAGGCCUCUUCUGUGCGAGACCCUGAAGCCCACCUUGUAGAACCUGGUAACGUCUCUUUUAGGAGGGACUUCGUGAUGGGGAAGGAAAAGGAAAAGAAAACGGGGUCUCCUCCAAGGAAAUGUAAGUCAGACUACCAAGGGAAUUCCUCAGCAAACACGUCAGCACCAGGGGCUGCUGAGCACGACGUGGCAGUGUCCCUUCCUUUGGGGACCAGCAGAGACAAACCAGAGGAGCUGCACGCGCCUCAGCAGCUCCUGCACCCUAAGACCUUUGAGGCAGCUCCGGUCCAGUCCCAGUCCCAGCACCCACCCCCACUGCCGAUCCCGUCACCUGCACCUCUGUCCCAAACAAGGCCCUGUGGGGUGUGUUUUCACAAACCCCAGAAUGAGGCACACUGCCUUACGCCAUCAGAGAUUCACCAGCUGGAAUGGAACGUGCGGCAGAAAGAACAGGAGACGGUGUGGGGUUUACCCUCUGUGGCCAAGAAAUCUCAGCAAGAGUUUUGUCCUCCAGCCCCCAAGCUUACACUGGGCGGCCAGUCCUCCAAGGCUGAUGUUCCCAUCUCUGUCCUUCCUGGAGACUUUCCUCUCAGCAGUGAGCUGCGGAAGAAACUAGAGCACCACCUUCGGAAGAGGCUCAUCCAACACCGCUGGGGCCUGCCCUGCAGGGUCCGUGAGUCUGUGUCACUGCUGAAUCCUUCCAGAGAUGUUCCUGAGACACCCAAGCCAAAGUGCCACUAUGGACUCUCAUGGAUCUCCUUCUUUAAAGGGCAGAGCAAUGAAGGUCCAGAAAACUCUGGAUUGAGUCAAUCAGGAAGCUUCCAUGACAGAUGCUCGGAUAAGCUCCCGCUAAGGAAGGACAUGAGGAUGAGUUGGGGACACAGCCUGGAGCAUGGACCAAAACAUCAUCCAUUGAGUGACCCAAAGAGGUCUUCAGAUAAGAGUCUGGGCUCCAACUCAGUGGAAAACCUAGAAAGUCACACGAGGAGCCUGUCAAGGAAUAAUUCAAGGGCCUCAAGUGUGAGCCUGGGUCCAAAACAACUUGAAAACGCCCUGCUGGUACCACUUAGCCAGAAAUUUGAGGACAUCAAUGAGGGCCAGGAUUCUGGGACUGUGCGUAAUUCAUGGCAUCCUACCAAGCACACAAUGCCUCUUCCCCAGAAAUCUCACAGCCAAACAAGACAUGGAAAUUCGGCAGCAGCGGUGGGUGUGGACCCCUACCUGAAUCCCUCCUAG